AUGCAGUCCAUGUUCCGCCUCGCAUCAUGGAGUACGGAAUCACCAGGCGACAAGAUCAUGGAGAAGUCAGCACUGCACAAGUCAAAACCGAUGCCAGUCGUCGAGAUCCCUUCUUUCUUAAAGCAAAUCAAGCGGAAGAGGACGGAUAGCCCUGAGCCGGCACCGGCGCAUGUCGUGAAGAAGUGGAAGGACGCUGAAGGGGAAGUAAGACCGUCAACUGGUACCCCUGAUAACUUCAACCAUGGCAACUUCGCGACCGGAAUGGUACUUCAGUCACCAAUGGAGCCCCAGCAAGCAUCGGGGAUUGCGACUGCAGAGGUUCUGGAAGCGCGGCCAAAGGCGCAGCCCGUCAAAAGAGAAGGAGCGAGCAAGAGCAAGGCCCAAAAGCAAGCUGCCAAAAUCGAGGCUUCUUCUACCGACACUCCUGCGCCCGCCAUGGCUUCCAGCCUGUCGGCGCUGCAGCAGUCGAUCGAGGCGCAAAUCAACUACGAGAUCCUGCUCAAGCACAACGAGCUGCGCCUGAUCGAGCAAGAGUUGGCCAAGUGCCAGGUGUCGCUGGAACAGCUGAGGCGCUGUUCGUUGAUUCCUUUCCCGGGUACCGACGGGCCCUCCGAAAAUCUCAGCAUGGGCAUUGGAGCUUCUCUGCACCCGCAAUCUGGCUACACGGAACCCGCUUACGCCGCCCCCUGGGGAGUCACCGAUGGUCCAUACACUCGCCAUUACGCGAAGUGGUUGAUCUCGGAUGUCAAGUUCGACUCUGUGUCUGAGCGCGCUCUGGCGCAGCAAGCUCACGGUUACUUUGGUAUGGGUGAGGGCCGAGCGACGCGCGGUAGCUUUGCCGAGUUCGGUGCAACUGGCAAGGCGCGCACGUCGCGAACUUCGACUGGAACGUUGAAGCUCCCGGCCCUCGGUGAAAAUCCAGCCCCCGCACCAAAGAUCGAUCCUUUGCUGCACAAGCGCUCCGACAACGGUCAGUGGGUCCGACUGUACUGCGCAGCCUGCGGACACAGCAACUUUUCCAAUACGCAAGGGUUCCUGAACCAUUGCAGGAUCAAGCACAACCAAGUCUUCAAGAGCCAUGAUGCAGCCGCCAUAGCUUGCGGUGUUCCCGUUGAUACCAGUGAAGGCGGCAACCCAGUCCCAGCCACUGAGCCGACGAAUACCCCAGCCGCCACACCGACAAUCAGCUUCCCAGCGAGCACGAAUCCUGGAAAUGUGCACCCGCUUGUCCGCUCCAAUCCUCCAGAGUUGGCCAAGGAAGUGCACCGCGACUUCAGCACACCACGUGACGUAGUCAAGCCAGCGCCACCAGCCAAGUCCGGCAUGACUACAUCAGCAUCGACACCGCAUCUGACUGCUUUGCUGCACCAGCGCGGUUUCAACGGUGAUCUCAAGGGUCUGGUUGACACUGCACGCACGAAGGUAGAUCUGGACGUCAUGGAAACCUCGGACGACGACCUCGCCGACAGCGCCUUGCAGACGCCUGUUGUUGCUAAGCCGAACCAGCUGGCGCGCCUCCCGGUCAGCGCCCCCAACGCGGCCCCUGCAAGCAAGGCUCCAUCCGCCCGACCAGGCAGCAAGAAGGGACAACCCAACGGCCAUGCGCGUCUUCCGCUGACUUUCUCAACGCACGUUUCCCAUGGUCAAAAUCAUCACAUGCCACUAUCUCCGGUAGACCUCAGCCCUCAUGCAGUUGAGUCUAACCCGGGUUUAGUAUCCGACCACGACGACGAUGACGACGAGGACGCCGACGAUGCGCACAGCCAACCCGACUUCAUCAUGAACGACGAUGUAAUGGUCGAGGAUGCCAGCGAUGUCGAAGGUGCGGAGCGUACUGGGUCACGCCAAGGCUUGGACAGCUGCUGCUUCGCCAAGGGAGAAGGAAGUCGCAAGCAUUAG